AGUUUUAGCUUUGUGUUUAAUACCAGAAAAAAAACUGCAGGUGGCUUGCUCGCUCAGCUGCUAAAGAUGAAAGCGCGCUUCUUUGUAAGUUAGUUUAACUGUUGCUUUUUCUUUUUCUUUUUUUUGCACAUGUACGUUGAUUCCACCGAAACAUACACGUGCUACAUAGAACAACGUUUGGGUGAACCCAGCGCCCUGUGCUCUGUAUUCGUGCAAGACACACAAAUGGCUGCCGUUAGAAAGAGAAAUAUGAAUAUCGACAGGCCCCGGUGUUCCAUUUGUCCUGCAUUGUGGCGAGCAUAUUCAUUUACAUUCUUUCGUGCCCUACUCCUAGAGCUUAUUUCGAAGUAUGUGUAGUGACCGUGCAAAUUGGAUCCUCCGUUUACCGUAGACUUGACGCACUGUUUCUAACCUGAUGCGAUGUGGUGCCCCGUAAUAUUCAGCGUCAUGAAUUCAUAAUGUCUUGUCCAUCUGCGUGCGAGAUCGUGCACUGUCAAGCAGGACAUUUUUUUUAUAUUUUUCGUUAUCGUACUCUUGCUUUGUCAUGAUGUACAAGAAAUGAUUAAAUAUUUACAGGGUUUUUAUAACGGUGUGAUAACCAUCCAUAAAGGACACAUUCUACAUGUCCCGGCCUGGUGCAUGUCGGGAAUGACAGCAUUCUGGCACGCGACAGUUCUCGAUGGAUAUGGACUGGAGUGCCUAAAGGGAGCCACAUGGCUGGACAAGCCUCGAGCAGAAAGCAUUUAUUUUUCCCGCCGAAACGUUAAGUGCAUAAAAGCACGCCUUUCCGGAAAUAGUAUCGACUGCGUUGAGCAGCUGUCUCCACCAGAUACAGAUGGCACUGAGUUACCCCACCUAAUAAUUCCCGUGGGACAACUACUAGCCCCAGGCUAGGCCGCACUAAUGUGCCCGUUCGUUACGAAGGGUAAUGGGCAUUGCACCCACCCCUUACAGCAUCAUCAUCAUCAUCAUCCGCCAUUCGAGGGCCCGUAGGUUUUUAUCGAAUUUUCAUUGCCAUCCUACACAAGCAUUGGUUCGCUUUUUAAUUGUCACUGCACACAAAACAACGAAAUGCCGUAGUUUUUUUUCUUACCCAUCAGGAGCAAAAUAACACCAUGGCCUUAACUACAAGCAAGAAAAUGGCUGCAACCCGCCCGAAACCGUACUACCAGGUCAUCGACGGGGUACCCAGGUGCCCUUUCAUGACCCCAGAGUCCCUCAGGCAGGGCCUCGACUUCGUCGCUCGCAAGGGUGACCUGCUACAGGUUUCGUACCCUAGAAGCGGCACGCACUGGGUGCAGUACAUCACACAGUUGAUCCUCAAGGAGGGCGAACCAGUCGACACGUACGAGCAGUUCAUGGAGGGCGCCGUGUUCAUCGAGUACUUCCUGGGUGCCCCCGACUGCAAGCAGAGCACCCCGAUGCGCACCCUGUGCACGCAUCUGCCAUUGAGCAAGGACAAGCUGAACCCAGAGGCCAAGUACAUAUACGUGGCUCGCAACCCGUGGGACGUCUGCGUGUCACUAUACCAUCACGAGAACAACUUGAGCGUCUUUCGCUUCGAAGAUGGCACAUUCGACGAUUUCCUAGAAGUUUUCUUGACAGGCGAACUCGGAUACGGUUUCUACUUCGAUCACGUGACCGCCGGAUACGCUUUGAAGGACGAGCCGAACGUGUUCUUCGUGACGUACGAGGAACUGACGAGGGACACGCGGCGUACUGUGAUUCGGUUGGCUCGCUUCAUCGGUGAGUGCUUCGGUGCAAUGCUGGAGGAAGAGGGCGAAGAAAGGCUGAGCCUAAUCCUGCAGAGGAGCAGCGCGAGGAGCAUGAAAGACAUUAUGAUAUUCAACCUGAGCGAAAACGCCGACCCGGGAAUGCAGGAGCGCUUGGACAAGCUCAACCCGUCAUCCAAGGCGGCGCACGAGGGCGACUCGAAGCUCCACGAAGUGCUCAGGCAGGCCAAGGUUGGAGGGUGGAGAGAGUACUUCUCGCCCGAGCAGCUGCGACGCAUGGAAGCCACAAUUGAGGAAACGACGCGAGGAUCUGACGUCAUGGAACUGUGGAGUGACAUGCGACGGGAAGCGCUGAGUUUGUGCGAACAGUCUGGGUAGACUCGACACGCUCAGCCACGCCUUCCUUCACCGAGGGCAAAACCGGCUGUAACGGCAAACAAGACCGGGGACCGUUAUCGGCCUCUUUAGUAGGUCGUUAAAACCAUGUCUCUCUCUGUGUUUACGCGAUGCGGUGUCACUCAUGUGGAGGGUAUGCCGGCCUCAGGAUCGGCUAACAAAAAGGAGGAUGUAUUUAACGUGUAUCAGCCGUCAUUUGCUCGAAGCACGUGCACCAUCCUUUAUCAGCUUUCUUUUUUUCCUUCCUUUGGAAGGCAGAAUGGGUAUGGGCAUUUAUAGGAGGUACGGGGGUACUUUGCUUUCCUUACCCUGCUACCAAAGGACGGCGCAUGCAUUCAGUGGACUCAAUCAAAUUGACACGGGUCGUUUAUUACACAUCCGUGACAGUUCAAGCAGAACACCUAUUAAAGCUCGUAAGAAAACGACUGUCCCUUUCGACAGCGCGUUUUAUUGCUGUUAGCACGGGAGACCGGUUCGUCCUCCAGGUUGGCUUCGUGAUCCUGACUUUUUUUAAAAAGUAAGGGCCUGGACUCUAUAAGCUUUGAGUAGACUUGCCUGUUAUGUGGUUUGUGUCGUCCUCUUAUCGGCAUCGUAAACCAUCGUGCCCCUCUUUGUUUACCUCAGGAAAACCUCACUGCCUUUUCUAUCAUUAAACUUUUUUUUCUCUUUCUCUCUCUGACAAUACGAAGCAGAAUGAGAGAAACGUACCAACUGCGUACAACUGUUCUUUGUCCUUCAGCACUGCAAUUCGCGCUAGAGGAUCCGGAAUAAUGUUGCCGAUGUAGCCGACACGUAGAAAUGCGUCUGUUUCAAAGCAUUCUGUAUACAUGCCCGAAUGCGAAAAAAGAUUUUUCUUUAUCAAGAGAUAUAUGCUAAAGCUUUACGGCAGGAGCGCCCGAGAACUCCUUUGAACUCCUUCGACUUUUUCUCGAGGGAGGUGCACUCGGAGUCACGCGGUCACAUUUUCAUUAAAGGAGGCAGCGCCAUACAUGUGCGCACGCCGUCUGUUCUGAUAUCAGUAAAGGAGAUGAUUUUGCGUAUUUUUUUUAUUAUGACCUAUUCACGCCACAAGCUUGACCUGCAUGCAUUUAUUCGAGAUUCCGCUAGUUGCUUUACCGUGUGUUGCAGUUGUCUUUUUUCGCCAUUGUUUCUACACGAUAGCUGACCAAAUGUGCUAUAGCGUAAAGCAAUUUAAACCGUUUCUAUUCCGUAUCUGCGACCAGUCUUCCCCAAUUGGUCACAAAUUUUUCGGGCUAGCCCCACUUCGCCUGUCGAUCACGUGUCGUCGUUAAAACUUCCCAUGUGAUAUCGUGUGUGCACAUUGAUAUGAAUAAUUAGACAGAACAAAAGAAAAUUACAUAUUAUUGAUUCCCAACCUUUAUUUUUUUCAUUAGCCCACCACUAUUAGUAAAAGGUUUUCGCCUUUCUGUCACGCGAGGUCACAAAAUUUUGAAAACUGGCCACGUCAAAGUGACGUGCCGUAUUGAAGAUGCCUUAUUAUCCCGAAAAAAAUUAAAUUUGUUUUCAAGAUAGCCGGAGACUGCCCCAUUCCGAAAGAAAUAGAAGACCUUUCUAUAUAAGGCCUACCUAUCGCUCUGGGACUGGCUACUCGGAGCUGCCGGGGAAAAUGGAUUUAUUUCCGUAUAAUAAAAAAAUUUACG